UGGUUUUCGCAGUCUUCGCUGUCGCCGCUCGCUUCACUUUGCUCUCUCACACCCUCUGCAGACUCUCAUCGCAGCGCCGGAAAAUGCCCCCGAAGUUCGACCCAUCCCAGGUCGUCGACGUCUUUGUCCGGGUCACCGGCGGCGAAGUCGGCGCUGCAAGUUCACUCGCUCCCAAAAUCGGUCCCCUCGGACUCUCCCCAAAGAAGAUCGGUGAAGAUAUCGCGAAAGAGACCGCGAAGGACUGGAAGGGACUCCGAGUCACUGUCAAGCUGACCGUCCAGAACCGUCAGGCGAAGGUCUCCGUCGUCCCCUCCGCCGCCGCUCUGGUCAUCAAGGCCCUCAAGGAGCCCGAGCGAGACCGCAAGAAGACCAAAAACAUCAAGCACACUGGCAACAUAUCCCUUGACGACGUGAUCGAGAUCGCGAAGGUGAUGAAGCCGAGAUCGAUGGCAAAGGACUUGAGCGGGACCAUCAAGGAGAUCCUCGGCACUUGCGUCUCCGUUGGUUGUACGGUCGACGGGAAGGACCCUAAGGAUAUGCAGCAGGACAUCACCGAUGGCGAUGUUGAGGUCCCUCUGGAUUGAUUUAAGAGAAAUAUUCAUUCUAAUGGAACCUGAUUCAGAAUUUCGGAAGUGUGAGCAUGUGAAGAAAAUUAUGGUCUCUUGGGUUCACAGAAGAUUUGGAUUCGUCUAUUGUUAUAGAAAGCAGCAUAACAUCAAAAAAUGUCUAUUGCUUUGGGAAAUUAGUGGGUCUUUUGAUUGAUCGUUUUAUAGGAAGUUAGUCAGUGCAGCAUAACAUUUUUCAUUGUCAUUGUCAGUACAUGAAUUAUAUUCCUCAGUUUGUGUUGGUGUAUUGAAUUGUUUUCUUAUCUUAAAUUAAAAAGAAGCCACAGUUGUUGGUGUUUUAUCCA